AAAUAAAGUUGCUCAAUCCAUCAAAGAAUGUAAGGAAUCGUAUUAUAAGUCUAAAGUUAGAAACCUAAAAGUCACGGACGCAAGCAAAUGGUGGAGAGAGGUUAAAAAUCUUUCUGGUAUGGCUGACAGAAAUAACCAAUGGUUUGAGCACCUCAUUGAUGGUGAAACUGUAGAUUCCGUUAAUACGUUAUGCGAAAGAAUCAAUCAUUUCUUUGUAAAUUUCACAAAAGAUUUUACGCCUCUCUCACAGGACGAUGUUUCUAACUAUUCUGCUGGUGAUUCUGGUAUUGCGGAUGAUCUCUUGGCUUCAACUGACGAAGAUUAUAAAUCCCUUUGUUCUUUAAAGACAGGGAAAGCCCCGGGACCGGAUGGAAUCCCGAAUGUAAUUCUAAAAACGUUUGCCUUUGAGUUAGCGCCAGUAAUCGCUGAUAUUUAUAACUCAUCCUUACGUGAUGCCUAUUUGCCUCCUCUAUUAAAGAGAGCAUCUGUUACACCUCUUCCCAAACAGUCUCCACCGGGCUCCAUUGAAAAUGGUAUCAGACCCAUCUCACUCACUUGCGAAAUUGCUAAA